UGAGAAUUGUCGCGCCGAGUGGUUAUCUAAGCAACAUUGCACCAACAUGACGCCUUGGAAGGUGUCUGAGGGUAUCCGACAUUGUGGCAUUUAACAGCCCCCACGAUGAAGACCUUCACUGGUGGCAUUGCGUUGUGGUGGCUCUGUGCAGUCCAUACCGUGACUAGUGACAACACCAAUUGCGGCCACGAUCACCUGAUCGAUCGCUUCCUGAACUCGAUGGAUCGUACCUCCAUGUACAGCCAUCAAGCAUUGGCCGACGCGACACGAGACAAAUACGACGUGCACAGAGCGCUGGUCGAAACAACGAUGAAACCCCUUCGCAUUGCGCUCGACCUGUCCAAGCUUCAAUCAGACCAAGGAUUUGCGUGCACGCGUGUGGGUGAAGUCGUGCCUUUGGAUGGAAAUCGCUACAACUGCACGGCCAACGACAUUCUGACAGAGGACAAACUCGACUUUAUCACGUCGGUGCUCCUACCUGAAGCGCAAGACUACUUUAGCUCGAUUUUAUCUGUGCCCGCCGUCGCGACCCUCAAAGUCCCGGGAAUUCAAUGCGGCAACCCAACCGACUGGGCGUGCUGCGCUGGCAAUUUCCCGACGCGCUAUGCGUCCCCUGGCACGGCCAAUGCAGAUUUUUUGCUGCAUGUGACGUCGCGGCCAGUUGCAGCGGGGGUAGUUGCGUGGGCGAUCCCAUGCAACAUCGACCAAGUGGGCCGUCCCGUUUCCGCUCAAGUCAAUAUCGGACCACAACGAAUCAGCAUCGACCCUGCAAAGCGCAUGGCUCAGCUGGGCACCAUCUUGCACGAACUCACGCAUGCGCUGGGGUUUUCCCAGAUGCUGUUUGGAUCGUAUAAACCUCGCAGCAGCCCCAAGAUGAUCCCGCUUCAAGUGUCUGACGGCCCAAAUGGCACCAAAAUCACGCAUCUCGUCACCCCCAAGGUCAAGCAACUAGCCCAAGAGUAUUUCGAUUGCCCGAGCGUUCCAGGAGGCGAGCUUCAGAGCAACAAUGCACAGUCGUACUCGAGCCACUGGGCCAAGCGACUCUUUCUCAACGAGUACAUGAUGGCUACGAGCACGACGAACCCGAUCUACUCGGCGUUCACGCUGGCAGCAUUUGAGGACAGUGGGUGGUACCAAGUGAACUAUGCGCGAGCGCAGGACUUGCGCUAUGGUCACUUGGCAGGGUGCGAGUUGGCCACGGGGAGGUGCACCGACUGGAAAGCUCCAUUGUGCUACAGUUCGUCCAGCCAAGACUGCACCCCUGAUUACACUAGCAAAGGGAUUUGCAAUCUCGCGACUCUUACGUCGCCGAUCCCUCCAGCGUUCCAGUUCUUCAGCAGCCCGGUUAUUGGGGGAACCGACGACAAGGCCAACUACUGCCCCCGCCAUGUUCCCCUUAGUGGCAUGGACUGCCGUGGGUUUGGCACCCUGCCGUCCGCUCGCGGGUCCGUCCUGGAAAAGAUCGGGCUUACCAGCCUGUGCUUUCGAGGAGCUUUAUCCAAAACGACUUCUUCGCCCAUGACAGCGUCGUACUGCUUUGCAAUUCAAGGAUGCACAGCCACAGCGCUGAAAGUUUUGGUCGGAGCGACAGUCGUGUUGUGCCCAUUCAAUCAAUCGAGUGUUCAAGUGACCGUCAAGGAUGACACAGGGGCGACUUUCCAAGGCACCAUCGCGUGCCCUCGCAACCCUCGCGACAUGUGCAAUGUCAAUGUGUGCUCCAACAUGGGCGUGUGGACAUCCAAGGGGUGUGAGUGCUUGCCUGGGUACACUGGCGUUGACUGCUCGGAGCUCGAAUGCCCUCGAAACAACGAAACCGACCAAGUGUGCUCGAACCAAGGCACGUGCGUGGGGGGAGCAUGCCAGUGUUUUGAAGGCAUUGCGUCUGGAGUCGCGUGCUCCCGCCCGCCCAUCACGAUGGCCAAGGCCGAGGCAUGGAUGGCCCCUCACCACCGUGCGCUUCUCCUUUGCUGCAUGAGUGUUGUGGCAGCUGGAGCGGCCACUGCCAUCUUCAGGAUGCGCUCGGCGAGGCGAUCGUCGCAAGUGACGGAGGCACGGCAAACGAAGCGGCUGUACCUGCAUGGGGGUCACGGCAAUGGUUCCUACGGCGCGAUUCAGGAAACGUUGGUCCUUUCCAUCGCCACCUAA